CCCCCCCCGGGGCCGCGCCGGGCCCCGUGGCGGCCGCGGGGCAGAGCGGCCCGGCGGGCGGGGGCCAUGGCCAAGGCGUACGACCACCUCUUCAAGCUGCUGCUCAUCGGGGACAGCGGCGUGGGCAAGACGUGCCUCAUCAUCCGCUUCGCCGAGGACAACUUCACCAGCACCUACAUCUCCACCAUCGGCAUCGACUUCAAAAUCCGGACAGUGGAAAUCGAUGGGAAGAAGAUCAAGCUGCAGGUCUGGGACACGGCGGGGCAGGAGCGCUUCAAAACCAUCACGACAGCCUAUUACCGCGGGGCCGUGGGCAUCAUCCUGGUGUACGACAUCACGGAUGAGAAAUCCUUCGAGAACAUCCAGAACUGGAUGAAGAGCAUCAAGGAGAACGCGUCUGCCGGCGUCGAGCGGCUCCUCAUCGGCAACAAGUGUGACAUGGAGAGCAAGCGCAAAGUGCAGCGGGAUGCUGCCGAGAAGCUGGCCAAGGAGCACGGGAUCCGCUUCUUCGAGACCAGCGCCAAGUCCAGCGUGAACGUGGAGGAGGCCUUCAGCACGCUGGCGCGGGACAUCCUGCAGAAAUCGGCUCGGCGAGCGGUCCCGAGCACCGCCGCCACUGCCGGCUCGCUGCCGGAGCCCAGCGCCCCGCGGCGGGGCAGCUCCAGGGCGGCGGCGGCGAUGGCGGCGGGCGAGGAGCGGCGCUCGGUGAGCCCCACGCAGGCCACGCCGUGCUGGCGGGUGGAGGACUUCGUGGUGGUGCAGGAGUGCGGCCGCUGCUCCAGCUUCCAGGCGAAGACGGUCCCGCAGUGCGGCCCCACCGGCUUCGUGGAGCACAUCAGCUGCGCCUCCAAGCGGGAUGAGUUCAAGAGCUGCCGCUCGGCGGUGAUGGAGGCGCACGUCUUCUGGAGGUUCGUGGGCACCAUGAUGUGCGUGGCGGCCGUCUUCGCCGUGCUGGUGGUGUGCCGCCAGCGCGUGCUGGACAGGAAGGCGCUGGAGAAGGUGCGCAAGCAGAUCGAGUCCAUCUAGCGCCCGCGGGGCACCGGGCACGGCGGCAGCGCCCCCGCCGCGGGGACUCGGCUCCGCUGCUGCUCCCGAAGCAGCCAGGAGGAGGAGGAACGAGCGCCCGCGGGACGCCUGCCCCGCUUUGCCGUGACCCCACGGGCGCUGCGGCCCACCGGGGGCUGCCCGGUGUCCCGCGGGGUCCCCGUGCCGAAUCGCGCUGCGCGGGGUGCCUGGGGAGCCCGGUGCCCCGGGGGACGCCGCAGCCGCCUGCUCCGAGCUGGUGGCGUGCAAUAAACCCCGGUCGUUAUCA